AUGGAUUCUAGACUGCUGAUUAGACCGGAUCCGACAGCCCGGGCACCCUGGAACAUCAGCUCCAUCAGCUCCAUCAGCCCGCACCGGCUCAUGGAGCUGUCUCCAGUUGCUACAGCUGGUUCCAUGAUUCCAAGUUACCCAUUUCCAACGGUAGACGUCCCAGACCACGCUCACUACACCAUCGGCGUUGUCAUCCUGGCCGUUGGCAUCACAGGCAUGCUGGGAAACUUCCUGGUUAUAUAUGCUUUCUGCAGGAGUCGGAGCUUGCAGACACCAUCCAAUAUUUUCAUCAUUAACCUGGCUGUCACGGACUUCCUCAUGUGCUUUACUCAGACCCCCACCUUCUUCAUCAACAGCAUGCACAAGCGAUGGAUCUUUGGAAAGAAAGGUUGUGAGUUGUAUGCCUUCUGCGGAGCACUGUUUGGUAUCUGCAGCAUGAUGACGCUAAUGGUUAUUGCAGUGGACCGGUACGUGGUGAUCACCAGGCCUCUGGCCUCCCUGGGGGUAAUGUCUCGUAGGAAAGCCCUGAGCAUUGUGGCUGCGGCCUGGGUCUACUCCAUGGGCUGGAGCCUGCCCCCCUUCUUCGGCUGGAGUGCCUAUGUCCCAGAGGGUCUCAUGACAUCUUGUUCCUGGGACUACAUGACGUUUACCCCUUCUGUCCGCUCCUACACCAUGCUGCUCUUUAUCUUCGUCUUCUUCAUUCCACUCUUCAUCAUCAUCUUCAGCUAUUGCUGUAUCUUCAGAGCCAUCCGGCACACAACACGAGCGAUAACAAAGAUCAGUUGUGAGGGAACCAGAGACUCCGCAAAGAGGUUCAACAAGAUGAGGAGUGAAUGGAAGAUGGCCAAGAUCGCUCUCAUCGUCAUCCUGCUAUAUGUCAUCUCCUGGGCCCCUUAUUCCUGUGCAGCCCUCACUGCAUUUGCUGGGUAUGCUGAAUUGUUAACUCCGUAUAUGCACUCUGUUCCUGCUGUGAUUGCAAAAGCAUCUGCUAUCUACAACCCCAUCAUAUAUGCCAUAACACAUCCCAAAUACAGGUCAGCGCUUAGCAAGUACAUUCCCUACCUCGGGCGAUUGCUGUGCAUUACUGGCAGAGAUCGUUUCAGCAGCAGCAGUUUCCAGUCCACUCGCCGAUCAACCCUCACUAGCCAAUCAGAGAGCAGAGGCCUCAGCAAGCCCCGCAACUCCUCAGUGUCUGAGAGCGAAUCAGCCCACUUCUCAGACACGGAGGAAGACUCAUCUCGGACUCCUGUCCCUCGUCAGUUGUCCAGUGAUGUCAAACAGGUGCGCCAUAUCAGCCAGAGGUCAAAGGUGAGAGGUCACAACACGGGAGAGUUUGAAAGAACUCCUGCCCACAACCCCACUGACCCUGCCAUAUGUCUACUCUCACAGAUCACAACUCUGACAGAGCCUGAAGACAUCUCCAUGUCGGACAUCAGUCUGCAGCAAACCAGUCAUCUGCCUGCUACUCUGGAGAACGUGAUGGAGGAGUCGGGACCAAGGAUUGCGCGUAACACGUCAUCCAUCAUUGUCACCUCCAUAUCCAGCCCGUCCAUACUGCACAGUCCGCCAGGUUUCCAUGGCAACCUCAAAUUGACCAAAACAUACAGCCCGAUUACCAAGGAGCCCCUUGACAUUGCCAGGCUUGAGACAACAAUAUUACCGUGAACAGCUGGAUGAAAUUAGAAGGAGAGGCAAAGAGUGUGUGUUGUGUUUCAGUAUUUCCCUCCAUGGAACUUCUCUGUGCCAGCGUGCUGUUUGCUAGUAACUUAAA